AUGUCUUUCAAGGCCCAUAGCUCAUCCCGCAAUGGUUCUCUUGGGGCCAGUAGAUCGCGUUUAAAUCGUUUCGAUGAAGUUGAUUGGGAAAAUUGGAAGAUUAAAGUACGAUAUUUUUAUAAUUCACCAGCGGUUGGCGAUCAAAUUUCACCACUCUUCAGUGAACAAGAAUUUGAUAAUAGACCUUUUAUACAGGUGAAAAUUUUGGAUUCUUCGGUUGUUGGCUUGUUAGAUUCAGGUUCUAACGUAACAAUUGUCGGGCAGGGUGGCACUGAAUUGUUGAAUCUUCUGAAUUUGAGAGUAUUUUCAUGUCGAAAAAAUUGUGUGUUCACCGCUGAUGCUAAAAGCCAGGAAGUUAUAGGUUUAGUUCAUUUGCCUGUUGUGAUUAAUAGUCAAUGUCAUAUUAUAGAAGCUUUAGUAGUUCCCAGUCUCAGUCAUGAUUUCAUUUUUGGAAGCGAUUUCUGUCGCAAAUUUGCUAUCAAGAUAGAUUAUCUUAAAGGUAGAUGGGACAUUCAACAAAACAAUAUCUCGUUGAAUAGUUCGAGUUUGUACGAUUUCAAAGUAGAAACUUGCACUGUAGACAGUGUGAAUUCCGAACAACAAGCUAUCGCUGAUGACCUGAUAUUAGCUUUCGAAGAUAUAAGCGGUAAAGAUCGUUUAGGUAAAACGAAUGAAGUUCAGUUAAUUAUAGACACUGGGGAAGCAAAGCCCUUUCGAUUGAAACAAUAUCCUUUGUCUCCAUAUAUGAUGAAGAUAUUGAAUGACGAAAUGGACGAAAUGUUGAAGUAAGGCGUUGUUGAACCUUCAAAUUCACCAUGGUG